UGGGCUGGGGCUCACGUUAAUGUUUAGCGAGCCCGAGCUGCAGCCCAGCCUCGGCAAGAGCUCGCUGCUAUUUUCUGCUCUGGCUGCUGCCUGUGGGCUGUCCCCCGUGUCCCAGCGUGGGUGGCUCCGCCUCGGGCAGCGCUGCUUGAGGGCUCGGCUGGAUUGACUGUCACUCCUGCCGGGCCGGGGGGACACCGGCAGGGAGCAGAGGAUGCUCCGUUGUCACCUCGCGGGUGGCGAGGGGCAGCUCAGCGUGCGCUCAGCGCGGAUGGACUGACCGCCACCCUCCUCCCGGCUGGACAUGGACAAACGCGGCACCUGUGGCUCCAGGAUGGCCAGGGGUGGCACGGCCAGGCCCCGGGGAGUGCUGGCACCUGUCCGGGCAGCCAGCUGUGCCCAGCUGCUCAGCAGCAGCAGACAUUGCCCUUGGAAAAUGAACCAGCUUCCUCCAAAGAGUGCUGUGGCAUCCCCGGUGUCAGAGAGCACGAAUUCCAGGGGAGAGGCUUUGGACACCUUGUCAAUGGACAGUUUUUGGCUGGAAGUGGAGAACAUUAAACAGAGCACUGAAGCUGAGCAGGAGGAAUGCAGCCUUGCAGAUGUCAAAACACAGGAGGAGGGAGAAGCCGAGGCCGAGUGGCUGCAGGAUGCCGGGCUGGCCGAGCUGCUGGGGGAGCCAGCGGGGGACAAGGACAACCUGGUGCUGCUGUCCACGCUGACCAGGACGCAGGCGGCGGCCGUGCAGCGCCGGCUGGACACCUACUCGCGCUCGCGCCGCAGGAGGAACAAGCAGCCCGUGCGCGACGUGCGCGACAUCUUCGCCGCCGGCGGCUCCCAGGACACAGCAGCAGAGAAAGAGGAGUCCAGCCCAGAUCCACUGUGGCACAAUCUACGGACUUCAAACACCCAGAGAACAGAAACCCAGGAUUAUUCCUGCACAGUUCGAAACCCUGGGAAGGAGGAGGUGUUCAACAUGGAUGUUGCCUACUCAGAGCAAGCAGCUGUCCUGCUCAAGGGAUCCUUCCUGUCUGAACCCAGGAAAUUAAAGGAUGGAAAUGCCCUAACAAGAUUUAAGAUCCCAAAGGGCAGACUAGGAGUGACCAGGAUUGGAGAUCUGUCAGCUCAGGACAUGAAGAAGGUCCCCACACUGGCCCUCAUUGAACUUACAGCUCUCUGUGAUAUCCUGGGCUUUGAGCUGAAGAGAAACAAAGCAGCAAAACUGAAAACAACAGAGAAAAGACUCUUUGGAGUUCCACUCAACACCCUGUUGGAAAACGACCAAAAGCUGCUGCCCAACACCAAGGUCCCUCUGCUCCUGCAGGCACUGCUGUCCUGCCUGGAGAAGAGAGGACUUGAAACAGAGGGCAUCCUGAGAGUUUCUGGGUCCCAGACCAGAAUUAAGAGCCUGGAGCAGAAGCUGGAGAGGGACUUCUACAGUGGCCUGUUCCGCUGGGAUGAUGUCCACCAGAACGACGUGUCGGGGCUGCUGAAGAGAUUCAUCCGCGAGCUGCCGGCCCCGCUGCUGACAGCAGAGUACCUGCCUGCCUUUGCUGCUGUUCAGAACAUUCCAGACCUGAAGCAAAGAUUGCAAGCUCUAAACCUCCUGAUCCUGAUUCUGCCAGAGUCCAACAGAAACACUCUGAAGGCCCUUCUUGAGUUUCUCAGCAAGGUGGUUGCCAGGGAAAAAAACAACAAAAUGAACCUCUGGAACGUUUCCACAGUCAUGGCCCCAAACCUCUUCAUGCACAAGGGGCUGCCCAACAAGAUCCCAGAGGGGAAGGAGAAGCAGCUGGCGGAGGGGGCGGCUGACGUGGUGCGGAUGAUGAUCCACUACCAGGACCUGCUCUGGACAGUCUCCUCUUUCCUGGUGGCUCAGGUGAGAAAGCUGAACGAGAGCAACAGCAAAAGGUACCAGUUCUGUGACAAGAGGAUCAAAAAUCUGCUGCGGAAGAUUCACGCUGAUAAAGACAAAGUGGAAAAGAACCAGGGAGAGCCUUCCAAGGUUGUGAAAGUCCAUGCAUCACUCCUCCUGAAGGACUCUCUGGAGGUGCACUUGAACAAUGCAACCAGGGUUGCUGAUGUCCUGAGGCAAUUUCAGAAGAACCUGUGCCAGAAUGGCUGGAAUAUUGUUAACACUGUCAACCUCCUCAAGUGCAACAACUCCACAGAGUGCUCAAACCUGCUCCUGUAUGAAGUGGGAGGCAAUAUUGGUGAACAUUGCCUGGACCCAGACACUUACCUCUUGGACUUGUACCACAUCAACCCCCAUGCUGAGUGGAUAAUUAAGCAAAACCCAUCCUGUCCUCGGAUGUUCUAAGGAAAACACGAGCAAAACAAAGCACUUGGUUGCAGUUUUUGGAAGGUGUGGAAAUAGAGACUUUCCUGUUGUAGUGUCAGAGCAGGCACUGCUUGUUUCUUGGAAGGAAAAGCACCUUUAUUAACUGCUUCCCUGGCAGCUGGCAGUGAGAGCACAGUGCCCUGAAACAAACAGCAAUCCUCAUUGUGUAGCAGAGUUUGCAGGGGGAAUGGCUGCUCCUAAAUAAAAAAUGCCCCAAAACAAACCCUGAAGGCAAAGCUGCAGUGGUUGUGCAGCAAAGAUGGAACAGAAGAAGAAAAGGAUUAUCCUGAAUAUAGUGGAAGGCAUCUGUGUAUCCUGGAUUUGCUCUUUCUUUUGGAGGAGAGACAGUCAAGUGCUGCAGUGGUGCAAGGACAUCCCUGGGUGAGGUCCAUGUUGCCUGUGGCAUGUCACCAGAGGAGUUCAUGAUCGUGGGCUUCACUAUUGAGCCCCUGUUCUGUUCUUUGAAGAAUAAAAACGACGUUUCCAAAAAGGCCAGCUGGGAUGUGGCACCAACACAUCAUGUAUUUCAUGACUGCAGUGAAAUAUAUACAUGCAACACAAGGAAAUAACUUUCCUUGAAAAAAGGCAUGGAAAAUGCAGCAGCCUUUCAGCUGUGCAGUGGGGCAGGAAGGUGCCUGUCCCAUGCUGGUGAUGCACACCCAAACUGCCACUGAUGAGGGUCAAACAUGGAUUUGUUUGGAUGGACAAGCUACAUAUCAGCAGACAAAGGAAAUCUGCUGAAGCUGAUGUGAGGUUGGUAAUCUGACCUGGCCACGUGAACUGAACUUCUUUGUGGAAGAUUCUGUGUGAAUGUGUUUGUUCACAAUCAACAAACCUCCCCUGAGGUGUGAGGUGGCUGAGCUGAGCUGAGCCCUCACUGCUCUGGCUGCACAUUUCCACUGCACUCAGCACAGCCUGGACACUGAGGGCAGAGCAGAACACUCACACCUCGCUGCUGCAUCCUCCUCCUCCUCCUCCUCCUCAUCAUCAACCUCAGCUCCAAGAGCACCAUGCCUGUGAGGAGGGUGCAGAAGUGUUGCUUUCCUUCGUGGUGGUGCUGAAAUACCUCAAGUGAGGGACCCCUCAGUGCAGUGUGAGAGGUGAAACACCCAGGCUGUCUGGAAAUGUGGAUUCCUUUCUCUAAAUACUGUUUGUAAACAUGGUUGGAUAUUUAUUCAUGUGGCAGAAGCAGGGCUGCCCUGCAAGUGUAUACUCAAAGUAUUCCAUUUGCCAAAUCCCAGCUGCACUAGUGACAAUCUCCAGUGUUAUUUCUUUUGUUAGAGGAGUUUGUUUCCAUUGCAAUCUGAAUUUUCCCUCCUCUCCUUUUAUUUUUGUCCCCAGGAUGAAGUGUAGCUUUUUUUCCUCAUUCAUUAUCUCAGACUCCUAGAUCCUGUUCUUCACUCUGUGAUUAUUCUGUCUCUGUGGUUAAAUCCUCCUGGUGGUUCAGAUCCUUGAGGAACAGGUGAGCCACUGUCCAUAUCCUUUCCAGCUUUUUGUGAAUUCUGUUUGAGUGGUGCAGAUAUCCUAAAUUUAUUCCUCUGUUAGAGAGCCUGUCUAUUCUUUUUGGUUGAGAUGAUGCAGAUGCAUUGACUGGCUGGAUCACCUCCCUAGAUAUCUUCUUAAGAACCUGUGAUAGAACCUCCCAACCCUCACCCAGGUGUCAACAAUUCUUGAGAUGCCUCUUUUAUAGGGCUUAAAUUGUGCCUGAAAGAGCCUGAUUCUGAGUGAGUGAUUUAUGUCUCUGGAAAGAUCAAGCUGCUUGAAAGUGGGGCUUGAAAAACCAAAGGUACCUAUUCAGCAUCCCCUCUGGAAUUCUUUGUGGCAGUGAUGGAGUAGAGAUGGCAAAGAGGAAAUGCCAGAGGUGUGAUACCCUGGGAAGUACCAAAGGUAUCCCUGUGAGCUCAAAGUUCCUUUGCAAGCUGAAUUGCACCCUGCAAAUCACACAAUGCUGCAUUUUGUUCCACCCCUCAUAUGCUGGUUUAUUAAAUAGUCUGUCCAUGGGUAUUGAGGAGUCAAGACUGCAUCACUGCUGCUGUGAACUACAAAUGAGGGGGGUUUUCUGAACACCAAACACUGUGAAUCAGUGCUGUGAAAAACAAGGUUAAUGGGAGAUUCUCAUGAGACAAAUAUCAGGUUUAAAUAUGAAAGGAAAUGAAAAAAAAAAUUAAAAAAUAAAACAAAACAGCUCUUUCCAGAUGAUGGAUAUGCUUUUAAAUUUUUUUCCUAUCUUUGUAUCAAAAAGUGUAAAUUUUUCAGUCAAUGAUGUGCAACACACUCCUGAAGGAUGGCUUUUAAUACCUUUUUUUAAAAUGAUUUUUUAAUUCUGUAUUUAAAUUUCAUUUAUUCAGUGGAACAAUAAAAAUACAGUAAAACCUC